GAAGUAAUCGAGAUGAAAGUUGCUGCUUGCAGAACAUUUCCUGCCUACAAUUUUUCUUCAACCAGUUUAGUUGUCAUGUGCAAUAGUUCCCGUUUCUUUGUUGUGAACAACGUAUCCCAUCCAAAAUUUUGGCAGAGUUCCAUCAUUAACGUGUUUCUCAGCCUUAAUUAUGACUGCAACGUAAUGUUGGUUCAAGAAAUGGACGGCAUCAGGAUAUACACCCCUAAAAUUCAAGAAUUUCUGUGCGAGGUGGAAGACUGGACAUUCAGAGUUUUCGGUAUUGGAUCGCUAGAUUACGGUAGCAUUCUGCUCGAAGCAUUUUUGCACUUUCAGAACAAAAGUUUUAAGUCUUUCGAGUACAUGCAUCUGAUCGAGAAUCAUAUGAACGAGGCGAUUCAAACCUGUGUUCAAGCAGCUCUUCACUCAUUUCAGCGUCAGCAGCAAAAGAAUUUAAUGCAGGCUGCCGCCUAUGGCAAACUGUUCGUACCAGAAAGUGAUAGUACAUUCUUUUCCUCAGCUUGUCGCACACUGCGGAUUUUGAACAGCUUGCGAGACUCACACUUCGCGAUGCCUAUGACCUAUACUGAGUUCAACGCGCUUACAGUUCCUCGUUUAAUUGACCGACUGAUCAAUCGAUCAGAAUAUCCCCUGGCUAUUGCAUGUAGCAACUAUCUCAGGCUUGAUCCAAAGAUUGGCACCGAGCGCAUUCUGAUGCAGUGGGCGCGGAAGCUAUUUCAGGAUAAAUCCCGCAGUGAAACUGAUAUCGUGUCAAAACUAGAGAACAGAUUGUCGCGAAUGCCCGGUUUAUAUUAUUCAUCGAUUGCAGAAAUGGCGAUGCAGCUGGGAUUCAAAGAGUUGGCUGCGAAACUGUAUGACCGAAAGUGUUCAUCGCUGUUACUCAGUCGAACAAUGCAACUCUAUAACAAAUUACAGCUGGUCAUAUUUUCUAUAAUCGCCAUGAUUUUGGACUACGAAGCGGACACAGAAAAGCAGGUCUUCCUACUGCUCAGAUUAGGCAAAACCGAAAAGGCGCUUGCAAAUGCGUCGGAAAGUCAAAAUCCGGAAUUGAUUUACUCAGUGCUUCUUUACAUGCAGAACACAGUGGAAAGAAAAACAGACUUCAGCCUGAUUUUACGGGAAUUUCCGGUCUGCUUCAAAUACUACAAAACGUAUUUAAAAGAAGAAAAUGAAGAUAUGGCGCAUUGUGUCGCAGAGGAAACGGACGAUUUUUUCAACCAGGCAUUGUUCAACUUGAAGGAGGCUUCUGACGCAACGAUUUUUGAAGUGAACGAAAAGCUUGGGCUGCUGACGAAGACGGAGGAGUGUUUUCGAAAUGCGAAGGACGAAUUUUUUCAAAGUCAGGCAGCUGACAAUGUGAAAUUGUUAAAAACACAGGUGCAUCUGGAAGAGCGCUUUUCGGUUCCGUUUGUCGAGUGCUCUUUGCGGGACACUGUACGAUGGCUUUUGACCAACGGCGAGCAGAAGGAAGCGGAGAAACUGCGCAAGGAAUUCAAAAUUUCUGAUCAGCAGUACAUAACAGUUUCUUUUUGUCAGUACUGGUGGUGGACGAUUCAAGCCUAUGGUGAUGCAGGAUACUGGAAGGAAUUAGAAGAUUUUGCGAAAACUAAGAAAUCACCCAUUGGUUACUUACCUUUCGUGGAAAUUUUCUGCAAAUAUGAUCAAACCGCCCUUGCUGAAAGUUUAAUGCCGAAGCUUUCACAGACGGAGAAGCUGACAGCGUUGAUUGCCAUGCGGUGUUAUUCAGAAGCGGCUCGGUUGGCAUUUGAUCAGCGUGAUGUCUUCGCCAUGAACAGAAUCGUGUCUCUUAUCGGAUCGCUUGAUCGUGACGAGUUCGAAAAGGUAAUUUCUUUAAGGGAUCAACUGCUGGAAAAACUGUGACA